GACGUUAUAUUUUCAUUUCCGCGGACGGUGUCUAUGAUAUGGUUCGUAGAUAGGCUGACCAUUAUGAAUUGGCAAUACACGACUGGCAUUCGUGUAUGAUGUCACGCAACGUCAUUUAAGUUGACUCUAUAAGGUGUGGUUCAACCAAGACCGCGCUCCCAACUUACUGCAACUAUGAACACACUCUUUGGUGGUCUUUCUCGCGCAGCUACUCUUCGUCGUUCCUCGCUCGCCCUUCGCCGUCCUCCCCAGCUUCUUCAACGCCCUUCUCAAUUCACAGCCCAUCCGGCGGUUAUCAACCUUGCCCAGGUUCAUGCACGUUUCGCGGCUAACUCAGUCUCUGGCAGACCAGGCAGCCAGACUAUCGAGCAUGCGACGCAGAAUGUGAAGGAGGAAGUCGGGAAUUCGAUGACAGACUGGGCGCGCUCGAUUGCUGGCGGUGUGUUCACUGUAGACAGCGUCAAGCCCACAAAGGAUUCCUUCUUCGGCAUCACCACUGCAGUGGCCCAUUCCGUGCCAACCCCUUAUCUUGCCAUGGGCCUCGCUGGUGGUAUCCCAUACAUCGCGUCAUCUGCGACUACCGUUUAUCUUGCACACCAAGCAGGUCUUGCGACCAUGGGUGCUAUCACGAACAUGGACCCUGGUGUUGCGCUUAACGUCCUAGACCAAGCACUCAACUUCCAAGUCCACUAUGGCGCAGUGCUUCUCUCCUUCCUUGGCGCAAUCCACUGGGGUAUGGAAUUUAGCGGUCUGGGUGGGCACAAAGGCUACCCACGUCUGUUCCUCGGCAUCUCUCCCGCAGUUUUGGCGUGGUCAACUAUCACCCUCCAGCCCACUUUCGCGCUGCUCUGGCAGUGGGUUGGAUUCACUGCACUGUGGUAUGCCGAUAAUAAAGUCACCGCUGCCGGGUGGACACCAAAAUGGUACUCCCAGUACCGCUUCUACCUUUCCAUCCUCGUGGGUACGUGCAUCAUCGGCUCCCUUGCGGGAAUCUCGUAUUAUGGCCCUGUCGCCGGCCAUGGUCUGCUCUCCCAUGACAUCGAUAUGGUUCGCGCUGAACGGAAACUUAUCGAGCCUGAGCGUGUGGGCCACGUCGGUGGUGACAUUGAAGCUGUUCCGGGUGACGAGUCGAGCGACACAUACGUUAUCAUCCGCCGGAAGCACAAGAACGGAAACGGCGACAAUGGAGAGGCGGACGCUCAACAGUGAUGUGUGGGUCUUGAGGCGAGGCUCACUCAAAGUGACG